AUGGCCACUUCUUUACUCCCUCUGUCUUCUUCAUUUCUCCAACCUCUCAAAUUCAAAACUCUAGCUAAACCCAUAAACCCUAAUCUCUCCACCACCAGAAAAACCCUAACAACCUGCGAUUCCCAGAAGAACAACACAGGGGCGUCAUCAAACCCCAGCAGCAGAAACCCUAAUUUCCAGAAACGUCGCAAAUCCUCAAAGUAUGGAACUUCCAGAAGAUCCAUCCUCAAAAAAUCCUUCUUACAAGAACAGGUCACGUUCACCGCGCGUGUCUCCGACGAUCCACAAGUGGCGAUUAUCGGCGGCGGAAUGGCGGGUCUUGUCUGCGCACUGAAUUUGGAAGCUCGUGGCGUAAAGUCUACUGUUUUCGAUACGGGGAUACAUGGGUUAGGAGGAAGACUUGGGACAAGGGUUGUUGAACCACAAGGAAUGGUUUUUGAUCACGCUGCUCAGUUCUUCACUGCGGAUGAUUCUCGGUUUGUUCAGUAUGUGGAUGGGUGGUUAGAGAAAGGACUUGUUAGACAGUGGAAAGGUGUUGUGGGAGAGCUUGAAGUUGGGGGUAGUUUCUCACAGUUUCCUUCUUCAUCGCCUCCAAGAUACAUUGCUGUUAAUGGCAUGCGGUCUCUCGCUGAUUCAUUGUUAUUAGAGAGUCGAUUGGCAAAUGUGGUGAGGCCUUGUUGGAUUAGUAAGCUAGAACCGCUUAAUGGAAUGUGGCAUUUGAGUGAGAAUGGAACACCUCGUGGUCAGUUUGAUGUCAUUGUCAUUGCUCACAAUGGUAAAUGUGCGAAUCGUUUGCUAUCUGCAUCAGGCUUGCCCCUUGUUGCUAAACAGAUGAAGAAACUUGAUCUUAGUUCUAUAUGGGCGCUAUUAGCAGCUUUCGAUGAUCCUCUUCCUACAGUGAACUUCGAAGGAGCGUUUGUGAAAGGAGUUGAAUCAUUGUCUUGGAUGGGAAACAACUCUGCAAAGCUUGGUAAUAGUGGACCUCCACACUGCUGGACAUUCUUUAGUACUGCAGCAUAUGGGAAACAGAACAAAGUUCCUCAGGAAAACAUCCCAACGGUAACAUCGGAGAAAGUUAGAGCCGGGAUGCUUCAAGGUGUGGAACUUGCAUUGGGCUUACCUGAAGGCUCGCUUCCUAAACCGGUUUAUACCCGUCUCCAGCUAUGGGGAGCAGCUCUUCCAAAGAACACUCCUGCAGUUCCAUGUGUAUUUGAUCCACAAGGCCGUGCUGGUAUAUGCGGUGACUGGCUUCUCGGUUCUAACCUAGAAUCUGCAGCCAUAAGCGGUGAAGCCCUCGGAAACCAUAUUGCGGAUUUCCUUCAGAAUAGUGAAGCUAACCCGGAAGAGUUUGCUAUCGGUUUACAUGAUAGGCCAAGUCCUCUUGCUGGCCAUGAUAUUGGGCAGUUCCCUGGUUUAACAUCGGUGGGAGAGAAGCAAGAAGCUAAAGCAUAUGAACUUCUGUGA